GGUAUCCAAUCCGUUACCCUUGCGAACUUGUUCCCGGGCUUUGGCUGGUGGUUUCGCUGUCUUUGUGGUUCGUCCUCUGUUCCCAUCGCUGGGCGGGGCCGUGAUUCCUUUGCUUUGCAUUUUUCUUGGGCACGAUUAUAAGUUUGUGGGAUGCAGCGACUACGGCUGCAUUACGGACAGGCCCAGCGCGGCCGGGUUUAGCAGGACGCGCGGUGCGUGGAUCCCUUGUGGGGACAGUGUUGCUGUGCAGGAGCAGGAGAAUGCCCCACGUCGGGAGCUGGAGGCUCCGGGUAGCUACCCGCUGGGAAUUUGCAAUGGUGAAGUGUAAGCGCUGCCCAAUUUUCUAGAAUCGUACGAAGAGGUGUUUUCCUUUAACGCGGGCCACAACAACAGUCUGAACAUAUCAAAUGCAAAAGUGUCUGG